AUGGCAAGUUAUUUCAUUAAAAGUUGGGGAAUUGAAAAGAAAUUGUUUUCUAUAACUUUGGAUAAUGCAGCAUCCAAUGAUGUAUGUGUUGAGUUGCUUAAGAAUCAGUUUCGUUUGACGAAUUCUUUGGUAUAUGAUGGCAAGUUAUUUCAUCUUAGGUGUUGUGCUCAUAUUUUGAAUCUGAUUGUACAAGAUGGUUUGAAACAAAUUGAUGUUUCGGUGGAAAAAUUUAGAGAUUCUGUGAAGUAUAUCAAGGGAUCUACACUAAGAAAAGAUCGAUUUAUUCAGAUUUGCUCUCAAAAUCUUCUUGACUACAAAAAGGCUUUGGUUCAAGAUGUUCCUACUAGAUGGAAUUCCACUUAUAAGAUGCUUUCUUGUGCGCUUUAUUAUCGUCUGGCUUUUUCUCAUUUGAGCUUGAGUGAUUCGAACUUUCAAACUUGCCCAUCCUCUGAUGAAUGGGAUAGAGUUGAGAAAAUGUGUGGUUUUCUUAAAGUGUUUCAUGAUGCAACUCUUCAGUUUUUUGGAUCUCUGUAUCCUACUUCAAAUUUGUAUUUCCCUCAAAUAUUUGGAAUACAUUUGAAGUUGGUUGAAACGAAAGACAGUCCUAAUGACUAUAAAAAGUUGUAUGGUGAAGGUUCAUCACAGUUGAAGAGGGUUGAGGAGGCACUUUUUUCACUUUUUGAUGAAUACAUGCAAGCUUCUCGAGAAAGUAGUGAUGGAAAUGUUGGAGGUGGUAGUGGUAGUGGCGACUUUAAUUCUCGACAAACUAGUGUUGGAAAUGUUGGAGGAGGCUCUAAUCAUAGUAUUCUUGAGGAGUUUGAUGAAUACGAUAAUGAUGAUAUGGAUUCGACCAAAAAAAGUCAAUUGCAAGUAUAUCUUCUUGAGCCAAGAACUAAAAGAACUUCUUCCAUUAACAUACUUGAGUUUUGGCAAUCCCAACAGUAUAGGUAUCCAGAAUUAGCUAAAUUAGCUAUGGAUAUACUUUGUGUUCCCGUUUCAACAGUAGCAUCUGAAUCAGCUUUUAGCCUCGGUGGAAAAGUUUUGAAUGAGUAUCGAAGUUCCAUGAAGCCUGAAAUUGUUGAAGCUGUAAUUUGUAGUAGGGAUUGGUUGUUUGGAGUAAAAGUUGAUACUCAUGUUGAUGUCGAUAAACUAACUCAAAACGUCAUGGAUAUGAACAUCGCCGAAGACAACACAGAGGUUACAAGUUCUAAUAAACUUUAA